AUGUCAGACGCUCCAUCACCGAAUGAGGAGCUUUCAAAAUCUCUUCCUCGAAUAAAGCUCAAACUACGCUUGAAUCCAACCGCUCCCUCCGCUCAGGACGUACCUCCAAAAAAGAAACAUAAAAAGGACAAGAAGAAACGCUCGCACAAGAAACAUAAAACUUCUUCAUCGGACGAUACUCCGUCUUCUCUUCCCUCCUCUUCUUCUCAUACGCCAGUUGGAGGAAAGCGCCCUUUUGCACUACUUCAAUCCCAAGAAUCGUCAUCCAAAUGGCAAGAUACCGAUCAAGCAGAAGGCAACGACUACUACUCACCAUCAACAGAGGUCAAGAGUAUCACGGGCGACCCCUUAUCUGGCACUGACGCCGAAUCUUACUGGUCUUAUGAUGCUGAGCAUCCAACCCAGCCAACGGCAGCCAACAGCAGCAAAACCAAAUUCAAGAAUAAUAAGACGCAAACAGAAAAGCCGAAGAAACGAGGUCGACCACCUAAAGUUCACACGCCUCCCAAGAAGCCAGCUCGUGUGUGGGAAUCACCAAAAAAUGACCUAAAGAAUGUCGCCACCAGAUUAUUGGAUACCCUGAUAAGGAAGGAUCAAUAUGGGUUUUUCCUGGAGCCUGUGGAUACCCGUAUUGUCACCGAUUAUCUGGACGUGAUUAAACAUCCAAUGGAUUUCAGUACCAUGCGAAAGAAGCUCGAACGUGACGAAUAUAAGCAUUUGGAUGAUUUCCGCGCCGAUUUUUUGUUGGUGGUUUGCAAUGCGAAAUUGUAUAAUGCACCUAGUACGAUCUACUGGCGUAACGCCGAUCGAUUGCAACAGAGUGGACUUAAAAUCAUUGAACGUGCGGACAAAACUAUUGUAUACCAGGAGCAUCAGCAUACGAACGAUUCACCCGAUGACGAUCUCACAUCCAAUAACAGCUAUCCCGAUUCGUUACGCAAAUUAUCAGCCGCGUCAGUGCGGGAAGAAGAAGUGGACAUUUUAGGUUUGGAUAUCCCACGCAAUAAAAGUCGGCAAGGGUCCAUUGAUUUCUACGGCCCAGACUCUGCUGUGGAUAUUUCCAUGUCGCGGGGAAUGACCCCGUUGCAUCAGUUGUACAAGAAAAAGAAGAAAAAGAAAAAAGUGUUCGAUGUAGGUGUGCUUUACGGUCCCGAUGGAUCGCUCAAUGCUGUCAGCGGAGUGCCUGAACUAAAUGCCUUUGUCCCACAAGAACAUCCCUUUGCGACUCCGCCGGAAGUGACCACCGUUAAUCCUUUCGCCCUUCCUUCAGCCUUCUUCAAUCAUCGAAACCAUGGUCAACCUGAACACACAGCUCAGCAUUUAGUACAUGCGGCCCAUUUUCCUGAUUAUGGUCCACUCACCGCACUCGGACCACAGUCUCCCGGACAAUUCUAUACGGCCCAAGACGCUUUUUACAUUUAUCCUCUGUAUGGGGAUGAUCGCGGCGAAGCGUAUGCAAAAAGUAUCUGGAAUUUCGUGGAUGCAUUGGAUCUCGAGGAGUCCACCACCACCAAAAUUCGCCACUUGACAUGUGGUGCGUGGGAUGUGGUGACUGAAGUACUGAACGAAAGAAAAGCCGUCUAUACCGAAUUUGGUCCCGUGGAUGUAUCAAGCAUUAUGGAAUCCAUGAAUGUUACCUCAGAAUCGUAG